AGGGGGACCGGAGACAGCCACGGACACGCAGACAAACAGUCACCAGACACGCGGAAAGUGUUUUGGCGCACGGGGACUCCGCCGUGGAGCGUCGGCUGCGUCCGUCCGUCCUGUCCGCCUCCCAGAAUGUUCUGUGCCCCCGGUUCAUUUCCACGGAACACAAACCAGUCCCCGCCACGUCCCGGACAGUGAAGCCCAGAUGCUCACCCUCUCCGCCGACAUGGACGAGUCUUCGUCGCUGCUGGAUCUGCUGGAGUGCUCGGUGUGCCUGGAGCGCCUGGACACCACGGCCAAGGUGCUGCCGUGCCAGCACACCUUCUGCCGCCGCUGCCUGGAGAACAUAGUCAGCUCCCGGAAUGAGCUCCGCUGCCCGGAGUGCCGCAUCCUGGUGGACUGCGGGGUGGACGACCUCCCGGCGAACAUCCUCCUGGUUCGCCUCCUGGACGGUAUUAAACAGCGGCCCCAGAGAGGCAACGGAGGAGGGGGAGUGGGAGCCGGCGGCAGGCAGUCCCUGCCCGGGGGCUCACUCCAGGGGUACGCAGCCGGGAUAUCCGCUUCUCCCCCGGGCAGUGCGAUCAGAGAGCUGCCCGUAGCCACCAGGAGCUCCCCCGUUAAGAACAUCCCUGCACUGCCUUGUGGUAAAGCCCUCUACUCCUAUGAGGGCAAAGAACCCGGAGAUCUGCAGUUCUCCAAAGGCGAUAUCAUCAUCCUGCGUCGUAAGGUGGAUGACAACUGGUAUCACGGUGAGCUCAACGGCUGCCAUGGUUUCUUGCCUGCUAGUUACAUCCAGCUUCUGCGUCCCCUGAGCCAGACUCCACCACAGGGCAAAGCACUGUAUGACUUUGAGGUCAAAGACAAAGACCAGGAUAAAGACUGUCUGGCCUUCAGCAAGGACGAGGUACUGACGGUAAUUAGGAGAGUGGACGAGAACUGGGCAGAAGGCAUGCUGGGAGACAAGAUUGGCAUCUUCCCCAUUCUCUACGUAGAGUUAAAUGAAACAGCCAAACAGCUAAUGGAAAUCGACAAACCUACGACAACAAAUGCGCCAGGUCCGAGCUCUGAGCCGACCCCGCUGGGCCCGUGUUCUCCGGGCCCCUCCCCCAGUGCGUCACCGUCCAACGGGAAUGGUUCCGGCCCGCGACGAGGCGAAGGGAAGAAAAACGCCAAGAAGCGGCAUUCGUUCACAGCGCUGUCUGUAAGCCAGAGAGCCGCCCAGCUGAACAACAGACACAGCAUGGAGAUCUCCCAUCCAGUCCUGAUCAGCUCCUCAGACCCCAGAGCUGCAGCACGCAUCCAGGAUGCGUCCCCUGGUCCCUCUCCCUCCUCGGCAGGGGUUUUGGUGCCCCCCAAAGUGGCGUCCAUAACCUCUGAGCUGCUGGCCCACGCCAAGGUGCAGCUGCCGCUCAACAUAUACCUGGCUCUGUACGCAUACAAGCCCCAGAAGGCGGAUGAGCUUGAACUUCGGAAAGGUGAAAUGUAUCGCGUCACAGAAAAGUGUCAAGACGGAUGGUUCAAAGGCACCUCGCUAAGGACCGCUGCCUCCGGUGUCUUCCCAGGGAACUAUGUCACCCCCGUGUCCAGGGCUCCAUUUGGAGUAGGUGCUACUCGGGGCUCAUGUCUGUCCAGUCCAGUAGGAGGAGGAAGCGGGUGCAGUCAGGUGGGGAGUAAAAUCUCCGACCCUUCAUCCCCUGGGCCAUCUUCAUCCCGCCCCUCCACCCCGCUGCUAAACUCUGCCAACUCUGUUAAUAGCGUCAGUCCCGCCUCCUCGCCACAAAGUGCUGCCGCCCAGCUGAAGAACUGCCUGCGCUCCAGCCAGCAUACGGUUAACCAGGCACGCACCUCCAUGCAGCUGGUCCACAGUCCUCCUGCUGGAAGCCCAGAGCGCCCCACGGUGGCCAUCUCCCCCCUGCGUCCUCAGAGCUCCUCCCCGUCCCGGUGCCCAGGCCAAUCAGGUCGUCCUCUUUCCAUGGUGUCUCCGGGCCCCAGCCUUGGGCCCUCUCCCCUCUCUUCUCCUGCCUCGCGGCCCCUCCUUCCCCUCUCCUCUCCGCUAUCCUGUCUCACACCCCCCAAUGUGUCAGCGGUCCUUCUGAACGGCGAACCAGGCAGCCCCAUGCAGCCACCAUCGCCGGGCCCCUCACAUGCGCCCACCCAGGGUGUCCUUGCCCCCAAAGUAGAAAAGAAAGAGAGAAAAGCAGGAGGUUUGUUAAAGCUCUUGUCGGGGGCGGCGGCUAAGAAGAAACCUCGGUCCCCUCCCUCUUCUCCGCCCACCCACGACCCCUCGCUGUCCGGCCAGGGCGCCGUGGCCACAGACCCCGCCCACCAUCCUCACCACAAUCAUCACCAUGCCCGCUCAGGUUCCUGUCCGAUGGCGUCGCAGGGCAGAGCCGGCUCUUGUCCCAUAGAGAGCGACAUGGCGGGGGCCAUAGGGCUGGAGCCGCUGCACAGAAAGUCCGGCUCCCUGGACACCAACUUCCCCAUGUCGCCCCCGGCAACACGCGCCGGCAACGCUCUGAUGGUCCUCAGGCCUGAGCCGAAGCCACUGUCGAGAGAGAGGUAUCGUGUGGUGGUGCCCUACCCGCCUCAGAGCGAGGCGGAGAUCGAGCUGCGUGAAGGCGAUGUGGUGUUCGUCCAUAAGAAGCGGGAGGACGGCUGGUACAAAGGCACUCUGCAGAGAACGGGACAGACCGGCCUCUUCCCCGGCAGCUUCGUCGAGAGCUUCUGAAGUAAAAGCGAAAAAAAAAUGUACAAAAGAACACACACUGUUUCUGUCUCUGAGUUACAAAAGGCACACAGAAGCCACCAGUUUUUACUUUCAUACACACUGCGGUACAUGAACGUGGAACCGAUAUUGGUUUCGAGGACAUUGGUCUGAUUAAAGUGCACUUGCCUUAUGGAGACGCAAACCCUAAAAAAAAUGUAAUUAGUCUGAAUAUUUUCCACUUUUUAAUGUUCUUCGGAAUCUUACCCUACAGCGAUCUGCAAAAAGAGACUGGAUUUUAGGCACAAAAAAAAAUAAAAAUAAUAAUCCAAUACAAAAAUAUUAAACAUUGAAACUGAAAAAUAUAAUAAACGAGAAACCAGCAUCGGUCCAGCUGAUUCACAGACACACAAAACGGGAAAGCGAGCCCUGUCUUCAACCAGCCCAACCACACAGGAAGAGGGGCGGCUUUUCCAUUUUCAUUUGCCCGGGGACAGCGUCGGGUCCGAGGGUUUUGUUUUUUUUUAUUAGAUUGGUUGUUUCGACCCACAUCGUUGACUACUGAAGGCACAAAGACUUGAAUAGCACAGACAGACACAGAAGCCUCCCAGUCCUCCUCAUCAUCCACCAGCAAACACAAGCACAAGAAGCAUCGCUCUGCUUCGGACUGCGACCUCUCAACUUGACGCUUUUAUUAUUUCUUUGACGGGAAGAUGAUGAUGAGGUGUGUUAACGUACACAUCAGGGUCAUUGUAAGCACAUCUCCAUAUUUAGUAUGUGUUUAAACCCAAUAUAUAAUAUAAUAAUAACAACAGUGCAUGUAGCAUUCUUAUGUUUUUUUUUUAUGUGUGAAUAUAAAUUUGGCGAUACAUUUUUACAUUAAUUUAUCUUUCCUAAUUUUUAAAUAUUAUUGAAAUUUGUAGACCUCCGAGAGCCGGCUGGAGCUAAAUAAAGUGUCCAGUCUAAAGUAAAACGAAACAGAAAGCGACACAAAAAGGUUUCUUUUUUUGUUUUUGUUUUUUAUUACAGAGAAAAAGAAACACUCCUGGUCAUAUUUGACACAACUUGCCAAUACAUUUACAUUUACAGUAUUUUACAUGUGAUUAUUUGUUGGAGAACUGAAAUUUCUAUUGCUGCAAUAUUUGUAGCAACUUAUUUUAUCAGAUGGUUUAAGUUAUAAACACGGUGGAACCUUUGGGAAAUGCACAAACAUUUCACAAACAUUAAAAGCAGUAAAUUGAGAGGUGAAGUCCUGCUCCUUCUUGCUUCAAAAAAAAAAAAAAAUUAAUAAUAUUUCAGAAAAGAUAAUAUCAAAGAUUCUGAAUAGAUAACACCGCUCUAUAAUUUCGAAGAAAAUAUCAGCUUCAGACAUUAAAUGUGCUAAAUCUUACAUACUUUAUUAAGAUAAAUUACAAAACAAAUGACAAAGGUGCUGGUUAGCUCAUGUUUCCAAUAUAUAUGAUGAUGUGUUAUUGCGCAUAUAUGUUGGUUUAUGUACAUUUAUACAAUGGAU